GUUCACACUAACUAAAAGUCACUGACUGUCACUCGCUCCAUUUUUCAGCUCUGCCAUGUUCAUGUUGUAUCCGUGGCGGGAUCCAACCAAUGCCUAGACUGGCCCCACUGCAAGACACCAGUCCACACUACUAACUACUAAACUAUCACCUGUCUGGCUUCCUCAUUGUCAGAAUUAUUAAUCAGUGUACCAUGGAUGCAGACCCCGUCCCUGUCAUCACUCUUGUCCUCAUGUGGUUGUCAUCCCUGAAACUGGAUCUUAAACUUUCCCUCUUUUCUCCCUCGGCGGCUUUUUGCCUGGAUUCCCAGAGCUCUCCCGAACUUUGGAACAAACUCCUCCUCGUGCGCGGGCGCCGCCCGUCACACAGAAAGGGGAGAAGAGAGGGGGUUCGGGAUCCAGACAAAUUAACAACUAAUUAAUCCCACUUUAUCGCAAUAACAGUCAUGCAUAUCAUUCGUUAGCAGAGGACACCAGGUCCAGUAUCUGACUCUCCGAUCUUAAUUAAACCGAGUCAUUCCCAACUUUGGCAUGGACCUUGCUUGGUCGUGGCCGCCAAAACACAUCAACCCUUGUAAUGAAGUCUGAUUCAGUCUGCCGUGCAAUUUUUGCCCCUCUAAUCGCGGCAUGUCAACCUCCAAUACCCACCUCCU